GAAGCGGGGCUGGCGGCGGCUCGCGCAGGAGCCACUGGGGCUGGAGGUGGACCAGUUCCUGGAAGACGUGCGGCUGCAGGAGCGCACCACCGGUGGCUUGUUGUCAGAGGCCCCGGAUGAAAAACUCUUCUUCGUUGACACCGGCUCCAAGGAAAAAGAACUGAACAAGAAAAGGACCAAAGUCCAGAAGAAGUCACUGCUUCUCAAGAAACCCCUUCGGGUCGACCUUGUCCUUGAGAACACAUCCAAGAUCCCCCGCCCCCAAAGUGUCCUCGCCCACCAAGUCCCCAAUGCCAAGAAGCUCAGGCGGAAGGAGCAGCUGUGGGAGAAGCUGGCAAAGCAGGGCGAGCUGCCCCGGGAGGUGCGCAAGGCCCAGGCCAGGCUCCUCAACCCUCCCACCGCCAAGGCCAGGCCUGGGCCCCAGGACACUGCCGAGCGACCCUUCUAUGACCUCUGGGAUGUGGACAAUCCCCUGGACAGGCCACUGGUUGGCCAGGAUGCGUUUUUCCUGGAGCAGACCAAGAAGAAAGGCGUGAAGCGCCCCUCACGUCUCCACGUCAAGCCCUCCCAGGCACCUGCUGUGGAGGUGACACCUGCCGGAGCCUCCUACAACCCGACUUUUGAAGACCACCAGAGCCUGCUACUGGCCGCCCACGAGGUCGAGCUGCAGCGACAGAGGGAGGCCGAGAAGCUGGAGCGGCAGUUGGCCCUGCCCACUGCGGAGCAGGCCGCCACCCAGGAGUCAGUGUUCCGGGAAAUGUGUGAGGGGCUGCUGGAGGAGUCCGACGAUGACGGGGAGCCAGAGCUGGGGCCGAGCCGGGAUGAGGGGGCUGAGGCCGGAGGAGCCGAGGCCCUGCCCACGCCAGCCCGCCUCCGCCGGCCUGCCACAGGGAGGAAGACGGAGCAGCAGCGGCGGCGGGAGAAGGCCGCCCGCAUGCUGCGAGCCCAGCAGGCCAAGCUUCGGGCUGCCCGACUGCAGCACCAGGAGCUCUUCAGGCUGCGUGGGAUCAAGAUGCAGGUGGCCCAGCGGCUGGCGGAGCUGGCUCGGCGGCAGCGGCAGCGGCAGGCAUGGCGUCUGGCUGAAGCCGACAAGCCCCGCAGGCUGGGGCGGCUCAAGUACCAGGCGCCCGACAUCGACGUGCAGCUCAGCUCAGAGCUGUCCGGUUCACUCAGGACCCUGAAGCCCGAGGGCAACAUCCUCCGUGACCGGUUCAAGAGCUUCCAGAGGAGGAACAUGAUCGAGCCCCGGGAGAGAGCCAAGUUCAAGCGCAAGUACAAAGUGAAGCUGGUGGAGAAGCGGUCGUUCCGUGAGGUCCAGUGA